CUUCACAGGCCAGUUUAUCCCAUCGAAGAUGAAUUCGUUUUCGGAAAACCAACCACCGAAUCAGGCUGCAUCGCCGUACGUGGAGCAAUUACUGGCGACAGGAAUCAGUGCCAUUUUUUUUCUGAGGCAGACACUGAACGAGCUAAUGCAACAGAACUACAUUCCUCUAAACCAUGUUUUGGAAGAUUUUUUAAGAUCUAGCGUGAAGGCCAUAGAUGAUAUGUAUGUCAAACUUCGCUAUGAAGCUGAGUGCUAUCGUGACAUCCCGCAGUGUCUACAAGUGGCCUUAGCCACAGAACAGUAUUGGAUCAUACCAAAGAAUUUGAUGGAAAUAAUUUUAACAAAUUAUCACAACAUGUUGGAAAUCGACGGCGAGGGAAUAUAUUAUCAUGAUUUUCAGUAA